CGGCGGCGGGCUCGGAGGGGGAGGAGGGUCCGGCCGGGGAGCAGGCCGGCCCCGGCACUCCCAAGCUCUGCGGGUACCUGCAGAAGCUGUCGGGCAAGGGGCCCCUGCGCGGCUUCCGCAGCCGCUGGUUUGUGUUCGAUCCCCGCCGCUGCUACCUCUACUACUUCAAGGGGCCGCAGGAGCCGCUGCCCCUCGGGCACCUGGACAUCGCCUCCGCCUGCUUCAGUUACCACCAGCCCGAGGCCGGCGCGGCCGCCGCGGGGGACGAGCCCGCCGCCUUCGAGGUGCAUGGCCCCGGGGGCGCCGUCACCGUUCUCAAGGCUGCGACUCGGCAGGACAUGACCUACUGGCUUCAGGAGCUGCAGCAGAAGAGGUGGGAAUACUGCAACAACCUGGAUGCGGCAAAACGGGACAGCCGGACUUCCCCCACACCCAGUGACUUUUCCAAAGGUCUUGUUGCCAAAGACAACCCUGAUUUGAGUAUCCUAAGUCAAAAUGCUUCAGCAGAGAGAGCCAGAAAUAUUCUAGCUGUGGAGACUUCUCCUACGGAUCUGGUGGGGGAGCAAGCAGCUUCCCAGCCUGCACCAGUCCAAGCAAGUGCCAUCAAUUUCUCACUUAAACAAUGGAGUACUGAGAUCAAAAAUUCCAUGUCCUCCUUAAGAAAAGGAAGUAAUGAAAAUCGCAAGAGUGUAUUUUAUACCACUGAGGAGUGGGAACUGCUGGAUCCAACCCCAAAAGACCUGGAGGACUCAAUGGCUCUGGAAGAAAAGAGGAAACAUCUGGCAGAAGGAAAUAAAGGACUGACUAGUUCAGCUUUUCCAUUUGAUUUUGGCCGUGUUCCACACAAAGCAAGGCGCCCGUUGAAAGAUAUGAUUGCAUCAAGCAAAAACCGCAACAGCAGUGACUCUUCCCUAACAGACUGGUGUUCUGGCAAUGGGAACAGACUGGUCUCUGAACUGCAACUGAAGUAUCAAAGCCAGCAGGAAGAGUUGGAGAAGCUAAAGAAAGAUCUUUUGAGCCAAAAGGAACUUGUUCGACUUCUGCAGCAAACAGUCCGAUCUUCCCAAUAUGAUAAAUACUUUGCAAGCCACCUUUGUGAGGGGGUUCCCAAAGAUACAUUAGAGCUGUUGCACCAAAAAGAUGACCAGAUUUUGGGCCUCAACAAUCAGCUUGAAAAGUUAAAUCUGGAAAAAGAUAGUCUCCAGCAGGAAGUCAAGAGUCUGAAGUGUAAGGUUGGAGAACUCAAUGAACAGCUGGGAAUGUUGAUGGAAACUAUUCAAGCUAAAGAUGAAGUCAUCAUGAAACUCUCUCGUCAACUCAGUGAGUGUGAGGACAGCACAUCCUCUCAAAGUGGAGCAAUAAACUCCCCCACAGCCACCAGUACUAAUAAGGAACUACAGGAACUGGACAGAUUAAAAGACAAUCUUCAGGGUUAUAAGACCCAGAACAAAUUUUUAAAUAAGGAGAUUUUGGAACUUUCUGCUCUACGAAGAAAUGCAGAAGCAAGAGAGAGAGAGUGGCAGGCAAAGUAUACCAGCUUAGAAGCCAAACUCUGCCAGAUUGAAAGUAAAUACUUGAUCUUGCUUCAAGAAAUGAAAACUCCUGUUUGUUCUGAGGAUCAAAGUCCUGCUCGUGAGGUCAUCACACAGUUACUGGAAGAUGCCUUGAAAGUAGAAUCUAGUGAACAACCAGAACAAGCAUUUUUCAAACCCCACCUGGUCAGUGAAUAUGAUAUAUAUGGUUUUCAGACUGUCCCUGAGGAUGAUGAUGAGGAGAAACUAGUAGCAAAAUCACGAGCUUUGGACUUGAGAUCACUUUCACUCAGUGAAAAUCGAGAAAUCUCCACAGGAGUGAAAUGGGAAAACUAUUUUGCAAGCACAAUGAAUAGAGAGAUGAUAUGCUGUGUGGAACUGAAGAACCUUAUUCGGUCUGGAAUUCCGCAUGAACACCGUUCCAAGAUGUGGAAAUGGUGUGUCAAUCUCCAUGUUAAAAAGUUCAAGGACAGUGCCAUUCCUGGCUACUUCCAAACCUUGCUUCAAAAAGCUCUGGAAAAACCAAAUCCUGCAUCUAAACAGAUUGAGUUGGAUCUCUUGAGGACUUUGCCAAACAACAAACAUUACUCCUCCCCAACGUCUGAAGGGAUCCAGAAGCUGCGAAAUGUGCUGCUGGCAUUUUCCUGGAGAAAUCCUGAUAUAGGAUAUUGCCAAGGGCUCAACAGGUUGGUAGCAAUUGCACUUCUGUACUUGGAACAGGAAGAUGCUUUUUGGUGUCUAGUAACAAUAGUGGAAGUUUUCAUGCCCCGUGAUUAUUAUACUAAGACACUGCUGGGAUCCCAGGUUGAUCAGCGAGUGUUUAAGGAUUUAUUGAGUGAAAAGCUUCCACGACUACAUGCUCAUUUUGAACAAUAUAAAGUUGAUUAUACUCUCAUCACUUUCAACUGGUUUCUUGUGGUUUUUGUGGACAGUGUUGUUAGUGACAUCCUUUUCAAAAUCUGGGACUCCUUCCUCUAUGAGGGACCAAAGGUAAUAUUCCGAUUUGCCCUGGCACUAUUUAAAUACAAGGAAGAGGAAAUCUUAAAACUGCAAGAUUCAAUGUCUAUUUUCAAGUACCUUCGCUAUUUCACACGCACCAUCCUUGAUGCCAGGAAACUGACUGCUAUUGCUUUUGGAGACCUGAAUCCUUUUCCAUUACGCCAGAUCAGGAACCGCAGGGCAUAUCACCUGGAGAAAGUGCGCCUGGAGCUGACGGAGCUGGAAGCCAUUCGUGAGGACUUCCUGCGCGAGAGAGAGACCUGCGUAGAAAAAAGAGACCUUAUUAGUGAUGAUGAGGAGGACAGCUGAAAGUGCUUAAUAUAAACUGUUCCUUGGGAUCAUGACCAAAGUGAGAUAACCUCCAAAACACUUUAUUAAUCCUGUCAAACAGAAUGUAAACUCGUUGCAUUUGGAAAUAUGCAGGACAGAUUUUCAAAUCCCAGGACUUUCAGAAAUACCACUUUGUAUGGAGGCCAAAUAAUUCUGUUUACAUUUAUGUUCAUGGAGUCAUUUGUAGAGCACUUAAUAUCUGUCUCAGUUUAGUCUUUUAGCUGAAUUGACAGUUGUUUUCUCACAGUGCACCAUUAAUGCCUAAAUGUGAAACAAUAAGAAAUGUCCAUGCUCUGUUACAUUCAUUGCCAUUCUGAGUUUAGAGUUUUUUUGAUGUAAUCAUGUUUUUCGUAGUGCAGGCUCAAUGUGAGAGGACAUCAUAUUUCUUGGAUUCAGGUUAGCUCUAUCUAGCCAUUCUUGAGGUCACUAACCAGAAAAGCAUGGGAGGAAGAUUCCUUUGUCUUUUCCUGAAGUGUCAUGCAAUGGGUCACCAAACAGAACACUUGAAUAUAUGUGCUCUAAAGUAAAGGUAAAAUAAGUACCUAAGUACCUAUUUUUGUCACUGACUGUCGAGUGUGUACUGAAACAGUGAUAGCAAACAUAAUUUCUACUUUUCAGAGCAGCUGUGUUGAUAGAUUCUCAUUAAUGCAAAGGGGCUUAUAGAUCAAACUCUAUUCAAUCAAUUUUAUUUGUAUUCACUUUUUUGAUUGCAAUGGUUUAAAAAGGUCACAACCAAACUCCAGAUACUAUGGAAUAAUGGAGCUUGUCACAGGAGUACCAUGCUUUAGGAGCUAAUUUAAGAAGAAACACAGUGUUCUUUCUGCAUGAUUGUGGAACUGUUGUACAAUAAUGGUAGGGACUGGGUUCGUAAUACAAAUAUUUACCAGUCAAAGGAAUCUAAAGGUCACAACAUGCACACGGGAACUGAAGAUCCUUUUCCAAAAGAAAAAUGCAAUAUUCUCCUAAUGUGCUCAGCCUUACUGUGAGUGUUGGAUGUACUUCCUGCAAGACAGCUGUAAGGAGCAACAUCUAGGCUGUUGAAAUGUGCUAUUUCUGCUGUUGAAAUUGGUGACUAGCAGUGCUCAUAAAUGGUUCUGGAGAGCAGGACACUUUCUUACUUGCUGGCUAUUGUCUGGACUUUUGCAGUAUUUUUUCUUGAACUGUUGGAUCUUCAGAAUGUUGGAUUGACUGUAAUGUGUCAUGAUAAAAUUAGGAUUCAAAUACUAGCAAAUCACUGAGCUCUGGGGAAGUGGUUAAUUGGCAAAAAACAAAACUAAUCAUUGGGAAGAGUGAAGUGUGUCAAGCUUGUAUUUUAUGUGUUUUGUUUUUCAGAAAUAGUAGUGCUUUAUUGGGUGUAAUUGUGUAAUCAUUUUAGUCAAUUUAAGUGUGUGCGGAGAGAAAUCCUGCUUCUGUUUCACAGCACUUUUAAAAAAGUUUUAUUUUAGAUAACAGUUGCAGCCUUCUCCAAGUAAGCAUAUUGUAAGUUAGUUUAUAUGGAAGGGAACUAUUUGAUCAAUGAUGAAGUUGUAACUUAGAGGACUAAUUUUGGUAUAAAAUUUAUGCUUCCUGUAUGACACAUAAUUUUUACCUAGCCAGCAGAUAUUUGCCAAUGAGGAACUGAUGGUGUGAUCAUAUUAAUUUAUACACUAUUAGUCUUCAAAAAUGUCCCCUACAUUUGUCUGUGGUAAGCAGUAGCUGGGGAUUUUUUCUAAUUCCCUAGUUACUUUUGGUUGUGUACUGGAGGGCAGGGUUUUGAUAUUACUGCAUGUACUGUAUUCUUUUUCUACUUACAAUCAGUAUUUGAAUACAAAAAUGGGACCAAGUUUUCUAAUUUUCUAGUUAUGCUGUCUUGGUUUUGAAAGAGCUGGUCUCUAAGUCAAUAUGUAAUGUAGGCUUUUUGUUUGUAUGUUUGUUUUAAUAUUGUUGUAAAGUGUUAAAUGAAUUCUUUUUUAAGGUGAAGAUCUUCCUUUCAGUGAGCACAAGUGAAAUAGUAAGGUGAAGAAUUUAGAUUGUUGUACUUACCCUAUUCCUACAAUCUGUUUUUGUUUGGCUUUGAGUCUUCACUAUGAGCUAGUCCUAUGACUUCAGGAGGUGUUUUCAGACUGAUUCCAUCAAAGUGUUUGGGUUGUGAAGAUAAAGCUAACUUUAAGACAAUGGUUCAGGAAGUUCUGUAGCUGACAAAACAAGACCUGCAAUAUUACAGGACCAUUUUUGUUAGAGUUGUGCUGAUGGAUCAGUUUGUGUGUGCAUGUGUUGCUGUGUUUCAUUCUAUUAAGUUGUUUCCAAUUGUACAGUAAAAUUAAGUAGCUCUGUUUCUUCUGCCACAGUGUGACUGUCACCCAUGAAUGUUAAGAACCCUGUGGAAGUUGUGUUGUCUCCAGGUAUUUUGACAGCUUGCAGAUAUGUAAUGAGUCAAUGCUGUUAUGCUCAAGUUUCCAGCAAGCUGUUGGCUUCAUUUUGUUAAGUCUUGUUACUGGUUUAGUGAGAGCUAAAAGGUCAAAAAAUUGCAGAGGCUUCUCACCUUUGGCCACUAGAAGUCUCUGUGGAACAAAAAUAAGAUGUGUAUAGCAGGAAAUAACAUCAGGGGAACUUGCCUUGCUUGCUGUUGCAAAUGUCGUUGUGUGACUUAAGUUUUCUGGGGGUGCUUAAAUCUGGUUACCUUGGAGAGCAGUAACUUAUUAGAGACAUGCAGGAUACACAGGCAGUAUUUAAUCCUGAUGAAACCAGGCCAAAAUACACUGUGCCUCAGUUGUCUGCCAAAGCUGAACUGCACGGAGCUCAAGAGUUUGUGUUUGUGUGUGAACUUCUGAAGUGGUGCAUGAGGUUUACCAUUCAUGCCAGCCAGAUAGGGGGCAAUUGACCUGUUCAUGCACACAACAACUGCCAAGAUGAUAAUUUAACUUCAAGGCCUUGCAUGUAACAUGCAAAGAGUUCCCCAUACGUGGUUCCCAGAAUAUGUGAUAUAACCCAGACCACUAAGUUGCAUCAUGCAGAAUAUUCCUCUAUCUCUAUUCAUGUGUGCAUGGCUUCCCAGUGAAACUUUUCAUUACAGGGUCUAUAUCUUCUAUUAAAUAGGCAAAAAAUUGGUGCACUACGCCUCUAGUUAUUAGAACUGCACAGUAUUUCAGCUUGACCUGUACAUGUGUACAGGUAGUGUUAUCCUCCAGUGUUAUCACAUAGUUUGGUGUUCUUUUUACCACCUGUGUAAUCAAUAAAAAUUAUUUUUCUGUUGUUC